UGUGAAGGAACUACUUAUUCUCCCACUCAAUUUUUACAAAGCCCUAAAAAGAUAUAGUAAUAAAAACAAAAAGAGAGAUAAAGGAGAGAAUGUGAUGAAGGAAAAAUAAAAAUUAAACAAGCUAAAGUUCUUCUCUUCUUUUAAUUCCUUCAUCUUCUUUCUUCUUUUUUCCUAUCCUUUCUCUUUGUUGGGGGACUCUGGUAUUCCCUUCUUCUCUCUUUAUUGUGAUUCUCCACUCAUAUAUUUCCAAAAAACUCAAUCAACCUUUAUUAAAGAUAAAGAGUAAAGAGAUAUCAAAGAAAAGAAAAAGAAUUAAACCAUGGCUUUCUCUUCUUUUCCAAUCUAUUUAGAUCAUCAUAAUUUGCACCAUUUACAACAACAGCCAGAUCAUCAUCAACAAGGAAACCCUGGCCUUGACAAUCCUCAGCUCCUUCCACCACCCACUCAGGUGGGUGGUGGGCCGGGCUCGAUCAGGCCUGGUUCUAUGGCCGAUCGAGCCCGAAUAGCCAAGCUUUCGUUGCCGGAAGCUGGGUUAAAGUGUCCAAGGUGUGAUUCCUCGAACACUAAGUUUUGUUACUUCAACAACUACAGCCUCUCCCAACCGCGCCAUUUCUGUAAGAAUUGUCGCCGUUAUUGGACAAGAGGGGGCGCCUUGAGAAACGUGCCGGUGGGAGGCGGCUGUAGGAGGAAUAAAAGAAACAAAAGCAGUAACAACAACAAUAGCGCAAAAUCAGGAGGCGGAGGAGGACAAAUGGGUAAUACUACUAAUAAUGCUUCAACAAGUGCAAUUCCUUCAAGUUGUAACAUGGAAAUGAUUGGUCACCACUUUUCACAAUCAUCUACACAAUUUACAUCACUUAUGGGUGCUUUCCAAAACCUAAAUAAUUAUGGAGGAUUAAUUCAGCCUCCUCCUCAUCAAUUAGUUGGUGAAAUGGGAUUUCAAAUAGGGAGUAACAAUUUAUUGCCAUCUUUGGUAGCUUCUAACAACUUUGAGCAUCCAACAAAUUUGUACCCUACUUUUCAAAAUGAAGGUCCUACUACUACUACUACUACAACAAUUGAAGCAUCAAAUGGGGUUACUCAACAAGUGAAAAUGGAGGAUAAUAAUAGACAAGGUAUGAAUUCAUCAACCAAACAAUUUUUGGGUACUCUUGAAAAUACUAAUCAAUAUUGGGGUGUUGCAAACGAAAAUUCUUGGAUAGGGUUUUCUAGUGAUCUCAAUAAUAACUCCCCUAGUACUACCAACCAUCUUCUAUGAUCAUAUGUUAACUUCAAUUCUUAAAUUGAAAUGAUUCAUGGAUGGUAAUUGAUUUCAAUAUGUUGAGCCCUAAUGUUAUAAGAAAGUGAAGAUUUGCGGAGUCACAAUGCUAGCUACAGAUUCAACAGAACUCGAUCAUAAACUAAAAGUUCUAGCUCUGCCUCUCCUCUGGUGAUCUGUAUCUCAUCAUCAUCAUGUUGUUGUUGAGGAUGCAAUUAAAGAUGCAUUGCAUGGUAGGAUUUGUUUUGUAUUUCAUGGCUCUAAGUUAAAAUAUCUUUGUGUUGUUUGUUUAAUUUCUUUAGUGUGUUGUGUUUUUGGUUUUUGGGAGGUUCUUUUAUAACGUGUGAAGUUAUAUGAGUUUUUGGUAUCUGACAUUAUUUCAUUUGUACUGUCCUUGAUAAGUAGUUAUUUGUAAUAGUAACUUAUUAUUUCCCAAAUUCCAACCCUAGCUACUGCAAGUUCACUAAUAUAUAUAUGUUUGGUACUCCUUUUAGAA